CGAAAGAGUCACACACUCCAACUCAGUUGAUUAUGAAAUGUUGUAUUCAUUUCUGUUGAUUUCAUUUUAUGACUUGUCAUGAAUGCUACAGUAUUCCAUAGGCUUUAAGAUUGCAAUUUCCCACCCUCCAGCUAAACAUGUUUUGUUUUAGCCACCCAAAAUCUACAGUUGGGCGUGUUUGUCGCAACGAUCCAAUGAAAGGGUUGGGGUUGACAAUAAGUCGGAAGGCUUGGUUACUUCUCCUACAGUAGAUCCUCAUAAAGAAAGAGAAGGGUGAAAAAGAAAAGGAAAAGCCAUCUUUCAGUCAGUUCCGUUUGCAAAUUCGGCCGGCAAGUGUUCUAUGAAGUUCUUCGGUUCUAAGGCAUGGCGGACGAAAAUGUCGAUUCCACCCAACCCGCCCAAAGUCGGAGUCGAAGGUCUUCAAUAUAUUCCGCUCCGGUGAGGAAUUCGAAAAGGAAGGGCGGAGGAUCAAGGCGUGGCAGUCGAGGGGAUGUGGUUGCAAUUGAAGACAACGGAGAUGCUAACGGGGCCCUCCGGAAGAACAAGGCCUUCCAGCAACUCCGUCGGGAAAUGGAGCAACGCAAUCGGCAACGCCGGAAAAUGGACAUUGAGGUCAAAGUGGAGGUGUUUUAUGUGGAUCGAGACCGAGCGGCAGCGGUUGUCCUCGGCAACAAGGACAUUAAGAACGAGCUCCAGGUGAAAAAGAAAAGAGAUCGCUUAGAGAAUUCCUCCACGGCAGCAGUUCUCACCGAGGACGUGGAAAUUGAGACUUAUCUCUUGCAAGGCGAGCAUGAGCUUAAGUCAGGGGACCCAAGACGAGCAGCCAUGUAUUUGACCAGCGCCUGUGAUAUGGUCAAUGAGCAUAAUCCGGUGCCAUUUGUUCUUCGAAGCAAAUGUUACACCAAACUAGGAUUAUACGACCUGGCCGAUGACGAUGCUGACGUAGUCCUGACCAUCAACCCAUUCGGUGUAAAAGGCCUGCUCAUCAAAGCCGAAUCCCAAUAUAACAUGGGCAGAUUUGAGCACGCCAUGAAAUACUUUUUCAGGGCCAAUACUCUGCGGCCCGAUACUGAGGCCGUGGCUUCAGGGAUUCGAAAAUCCCAAGAUGCCAUAGAAAACGCUCUUUGUCGCAGCAAGGCCUUCCACUUUGAUGAUCUGCCUGAAGUGAUUGAGGCCCUGAAUCAAAAUACCAUGAAGCAGGACCAAUUAGAUAACCAAUCUCGAUUGUUCCAACAAGAACUGGUUCAGGAGGAAAAGGAAGAUCCGGAACAACUGGAAUCAGAUUUGGAGGAUGAGAUUCACACACAACAGAGAAAAGAACGUUACGAAACAAAGCUCCAUGCUGUCCUCAUGGGAUCUGUCCCGGAGUUGGAAGGAGUUUGGGAGUCGCCCAAAGUCACACCUUCAUCGUCAUUCGAUGGGAUGGCGUCACUGUCCUCCACUAAAAUGGAGAGCAAGGAACAACAGGCGGAAAAACGAUUUCGGAGAAAGGAAAAUGUCCUGAGAAAAAACAACAAGGAACUUCUAGGGGAACUGAACAAAGAUUUUCUUUAUUUGGAGAAACUCCUGGCCAAUCCCGUCAUGAACUCGUUCAACUCCACGAAUGAAACGGAAACAUACAUCUCCCAUAGGGUUCAAGCUUGUGCUCGGGAGGGUUUGAUCUACUUGGGUUCCAGAAAGGAUUUUUGGCAACAGCAAAGACCAGUUUACGCACGGAGGAAAGGUAGCCGAAAAUUCUAACGGACAUCAUCGUCUUGAAGUUAUAUACUGCUGUUUAAAAUCGUAUUCAAAUUUUGCGUUGCUGAAUAAUUGAACAAUGAGGCUAUACACUUUGAAAUAGAUUAGACCCUCACAAUAAAACUCCUCGCACAAACAGCUCUGAUCAAAUUUCAUCCCACCGAAUGAUACUCUAAUGUCUUAUCUAAAAUUAUGGGAUGCAAAUUAGUUAUGAUAACUUUUACGCACGUUUGUUCUGAGAGCCGGAGACUAAGUGGAAGGUAAUUCCAACUUCAACGUAUCACUUGUGGGUACUUAGGAAACCGAAAGGACGUACUCAAAAA